UCAUGAUAUAUCAUGAAAGCCACACCGAACAUUUUUUUUCGAAGACAACCAACACGCUGAACCAGAUUUUCAUUAUUCAAUUUAAAAAUUUUCGAUUUUUCUCAAAUUUUCUUUGAUCCAAAUUAUCAUUAUUAUAAUUUGAAAUAAUGUUUUUUACAAGUAACGUAUUGUCCAUGGUUGGACGUCAAUUUACACGUAAAUCAUUUAUUCAUACUGUUUCUAUGAUUCGGCAACCAUUACCGGCAAUGAUUUCAUCAUCAUCAAAAUAUUUGAUUCAGAAGCAGCAGCAGCAACAACAACAACGGUCAUUUGUAUCAAAUGUAUCGUUGAAUAAACGUGAACAAGAGCUAACGGAUUUUCUUGCUUCCGAAAUUGAUCUUGAACGUGAAUCGCAGAAAAAACCGUUGCCAAAAAUGUCCGAUUGGACCAUAACCAAUACCGGUAGCGAUAUUGUUUUGUUUAAAAAAUUUAACAAUGAAGAAAUUACGAUUAAAGCAAAUGUUUGCUAUUCAGUGGAUGCCGCUAAUCCGGAUGCUGAUAAUGGACAAAUGGUUUGUAAGCCUGAAUUUGCUAUUGAAAUUAAAAAAGGUGAUUCCAUUCUUGGCCUAAAUUGUUCAUUCAUGCAAGAUGAUGAAAAUGUUGAUGACGGUGCACAACGUUUAGAAGAUGAUUUUCAAAUCAAUGAAAUAUCAAUUUAUGAAGGUGAAUUUCAAAAAAGUAGCUAUGCUAUUUCAGGUGAAGUAAUCGAUGGUAAUCUUUAUGAUCUUCUCAUGAAUGUAUUGGAAGGACGUGGUAUUGAUCAACAAUUUGCUAAAAAACUUAUCGAAUAUUCAACAAUUUAUGAACAUAAUCUAUAUGUUGGUCUAUUGGAAAAUAUGAAGAAAUUUUUCUCAAAUUGAAACAACAACAACAACAAAAAACAUUCGAUUCAAAUUCGAAAAUAGAUAACACCACACUAC